AUGGCUAAUUAUGAAUGGGAGGGCGAAAAUGCAUCGAAGAGUGCUGCAACAGCCGUAGCAACAAUGUCCCUUUCCGAAGGUCAGUCGUCACGGGUCUAUUUUGCAUCUGUUGAUAAAUAUGAAUCUGCAUGCGCUCUUCUACGAGACUUCUGUGCUCGAACUAGCUCACAUGGCAUUCCACUUAUCGGAUCUCCAGCGUUUUUUAAUCGUUGUGUUUGGACAUUUAUAACAUUAUUUUGCUUUAUCGCCUUCCUAGUUCAAACCUACUGGACACUGUCAGACUAUUUGCAAUAUCGAACAAUUAUCGAGAUGCAAUUAAAAUUUGAACCAGCACCGUUUCCGGCAGCAACAGUAUGCAAUCUAAAUCCUUUUAAGCACAGCGAAGUACUAAAAUAUGAAGAUUUGGCCAGAGGUCUGAAUAUUUGGACAAAUGAGAUGGACAAAAUGGAUGCCUCAAAACGAAUGAUUCAUGUUCGAAAAAAACGUGAACCAGUAGUUUACGAGCCUAUUAAAGUCCAAUGCAGGUGUGUGUAUGGUAAUUCACACUGUGUACCAAAACGAGAUCCAUUUUCACAAAAUGAUACCAUGUGCAUAUGUUUCAAAGAUAAGUCAAGUUCAAAUAUAUGGCCUUGUUACCCUGAAGUUGUAUGGGAAGAAGAGAAAUGCUACAGCUGUUCAACAACCAACACGUGUAUACAUCCAAAAAGAUUUCCAAAACCUGAAGAUUUACUGCCAGAAGAACCUACCCGAUGUCUUUGUCAAUCUGUCACUCAUAACUGUGUUGUUUUUACUGGGGAUAUUCCGAUGUGGACACCUUACAAAUAUUCUGCGUAUGUUACAUCGCCAGAUGCAGACAACGAAGAACUGAAAGCUUACGGCAUGAAGGAUAAAAACGAUUUAACUUCAAAAACUGUUGGUGUAAAAGAAGCAAUAAUAAAUUUGGUAGCUGCUAUGCCAAGGGAACAUCGUCAAAACCUGUCAUAUACACUGCAUGAAUUCGUACUUCGAUGUUCCUUCAACAACUUCAAGCUUCACAUGGACCCGGUGUACGGAAACUGUUAUACGUUUAAUUUCAACGAUUCAGUGGAACUGAAAAAUAGUCGAGCAGGACCCAUGUACGGUCUUCGUUUGUUGCUAAACGUUAAUCAGAGCGAUUACAUGCCUACCACAGAAGCAGCAGGAGUUAGACUGGUUGUACAUGAACAGGAUCAGGAGCCAUUUCCAGACACAUUCGGUUACAGUGCUCCAACUGGAUUUAUAUCAUCUUUUGGACUGAAAACGAAAGUACUGCAUCGACUUCGUGCUCCUUACGGAAAGUGUGAGGAUGAUUUUCGACCAGAAGGAUAUAUCUACGAAGAACACUACUCACCAGAGGGUUGCUAUCGAAGUUGUUUUCAACAUGCUGUAAUAAACACUUGUCAGUGCGGCGAUCCGAGAUUCCCACUUCCUCCUGGUUUCAGCCAUUACUGUGAUAUCAAAAAUAAUACCGAAAUGGCAUGUAUGUCAAAUUUUACUGGCUUAAGAGGAUUCCACCAUAUUCAACAUGAAUGUAAUUGCGUCCAGCCGUGUAAUGAAAAUGUAUUUGAGACAGCAUAUUCGUGUUCUGCUUUCCCUGCGUUAAUGUUUAACCUUGGUUCAAAGUGUCCUGGAGUGCCGGAAAUCAGUAACAACUCACAAGACUGUACUGAAUAUUACAGAGUGAAUACAGCAUACAUUGAAAUUUAUUAUGAACAACUCAAUUUUGAAACUCUUAAGGAAACUCCGGGAUACACUCUUGUCAACCUGUUUUCUGAUUUUGGUGGUAACAUUGGGCUUUGGAUUGGUUUUUCAAUCAUCACAAGUUUGUGUUAAAU